GUAUAUAGAUUUUCUGCAAGUCAGACUGGUGACAUUCUGGAUUUACUAUGUAUCGAUUUGCUGCAAGUCAGACUGGUGACAUUGUGAAUGUGUGUGACACAUAAGGGUUAAUUCAACAUCAUUGUGUGUGUGAUUUGAGUGGGAGGAGAGUGAGUGUGUGUGAAUGGGAGGGGGAAGGCAUUGGGUAUCAGUUUAACUUGUCAGAAGUAAGGGGGAGAAGUUCUGUUUAUUGUUCUGUGUAUCAGUGCUGUUACAUCUUUAGAACCUUCAGACAGCAGGGGGUUAUCAUAGACAUUGCAUUGUUGCAGAACCCCAGGUCUAUUUGGGGGGGGGGUUGGGGAGAGGAUAGAAGAUCUAUGUGCAUGAUGUGUAAGUUUUUUUGCAGAACUGGGCACAGGGAGGUGUGUUUGGGUGUAGACCAAUAAUCAGCCUCUGGUUGAGCCUUUAUUCCCAGGAUGGGGUACAGACAGAGUGCUGGGACCGCAGAUCACUCAGGAGGAUACAACAACAUAUUCUUCAUGGGCACUGUAGGCAAAAAGAAGGACCUACCGUAAGUACAAACAGAUCAUUCUUACACUCUGUAUGUGGCUGGAUCACACCUCCCUCACUGGGCUGGCUGUGUCUCUGGGGGCACAGGAGCACGGAGUGAUACAUUGUAUUAAUAAUGCACAAUUCAAUGUGUGGGAUAUUAUAAGCCAUGUUCCAAUGAGUGGGGUGUCUAUUGCUUGUACCCGAGUUAUAUUCUGUAUAAAGUCACUCACUGCUUGAUUAGUGUUAGCGUUCUAUGAUAUUUAUUUAUUACUGGCAUUAAUUAAUUUAUUUAUUACGCAUUUAUUUGUUUAUUUAUUAAUUUAUUUAUUUAUUUAUUACUGGCAUUUAUAAAGCUCCAACAUGUUCCGCAGCGCUGUACAAUGUGGGAAAAAGACCAUUCAAUACAAACAGACCAGUGAUAUGAUAUAAGCUGUGAUUUUGGACAUAGAAUCCUGCUAAUGCUUUGUAACCAUGACCAUUGCUUGUAAUGCUGAAUAUGAAAUGAUUACUGUGUAAUACGAGGUAUAGUGGAUCAGAAGUAGAACAUUUUUAUGUUUGUUUUCUAAAGUUCAGGACAGAAAUGCAAUGUACAGGUUAAACUAUAGGGACAUGGAUACUUUAUUGAAAAUAUAUGUUUAGAUUGCAUGUUGUGGUUUUUUUCUAUCUCCUGGGACAUUCUCAUCUAACGUGUAGUCAGCUCCUGAAUAUGCAGGACAUCCAGAAAAGCUGCAUGCAUUACAGACUGCAGCUGCUAUUGGCUGAGGUUGAUGGGAGCAGCGUUCUAUAAAAUAAGGAAAAGGGAAUCUCUUUCCUGUGUGUGUGUUGUUUGGCAACCUCUCAGUGUAUUGUACAUUAUACAUGUUUUCCUGAGUUUCUUCAAGGUUGAUCACCUAUAAAGCAGACAGAAUUAGAAUAGUGUUGAUUACUGCCAUCUACAGAUUAUUUUAAUAUAGUUAGAAUACAUUGUCCCCAGAGACUGGUUUGUUGGACUUUUUGGACAGGGACCUGGUGCUUAAGAGCUUUGCAUGGGAUAAUUAAAUACCAUUAAUGCCCCUUACACUAUGAUUGUCUAAAUUGUCAGACUAUAGUUCUGAUCCACCGCUGACUGUGAAUUCUGAGGACUGCAAACUCUAAACAUUGUAGUAUUGUUCUAUGUAUGUAUUUUUUUAUAUUUUUUUUUAUGUAUAAGUAAACCGUAUCCGUUUGAACACAGUGGAUAAUGUUACGUUUUUACAGAUUUACAAAAUGCAUGAAACUAAAUACAAUACAUUUUGGACUUCAUCGGCAUCACUAACAGGGUAAUUCUGUUAAAGUUUGAAUUUCAAGGCAGGACUUCAAUGCAAUUUUCAACGUUAAGGCCAAUAUAAAUGAACUGAAAUAUUAGCAGAUUUGAAGGAUUUUUUUUUGGCCUAAUGUUUGACAUUCACAUAGAAUUUCUCAUAACUCACACAUAUUGAAAUUUGCUAAUUUUGUGGCACAAUAAUAUAAAUGGAAUCGCAGCGGAGUUGAAUAUUUUUCUAAUUUAGCCCAAAAUUUGCAAUAUUCCACCAUAGUCAGUUACUGAUUGCACCAUGUAAACUGAUCUUUCCAUCAUAUGAUACAGCUUUAAAGGAUCACUAUAGGGUCAGGAACACAAACAUGUAUUCCUGACCCUAUAGGGCUAAACCCAUUUAGGUGGCUUAUCCCCCUUAGCCCCCCUAUAAAAGUUUAAAGCUCACCUUAUUUCCAGCACCGCGCGGGUCUGCAGGCCCAGGCUCCGCCCCCUUUGUGGCAUCAUCAAAAUCGCCGCUUUUUAGCCAAUCAAAUGCUUUCCCAUAGAUGGCAGGUCCAAAUGCCGUUUUGGCCAAUCAGGACCUCCUCAUAGAGAUGCAUUGAACCAAUACAUCUCUAUGAGGAAAAUUCGGCGUCUCCAUGCAGUGCGUGAGGACGCUGAAUGUCAGGGCGGCUUUUUUUUGGUCAGCACUGACCCAGGAAGCCCCUCCGGUGGCCAUCUGAAGAGUGGCCAUUUGGAGGUGUCCCUAGGGUCAAUGUAAACACUGUCUUUUCUCUGAAAAGACUGUUUACAUGAAAAAAGCCUUAAGGGAGCUAUUAUACGCACCAGAACCUUCUACAUUAAGCUGUAGUUGUUCUGGUGACUAUAGUGUCCCUUUAACCCCUUAAAAUGAUUCCCUUUUAUUCCAGAAGAUUGGUCCUUAAGGGGUUAAGGAUGGCACACAUUGUGUAUUCUGUUUGAAUGGGGAUGUGCACCUGGCAAUUAUCACUUGUCAUCAACAUAACAUCAAAUUCUCCCCAACUAUUGAUAGAAACCUUACCUUAAAAAAAAAAAAAAAAGAAAUUAUAGUAAUUAAGUAAUUGUGAAUCUCCCUUUAGCCACCAACUUUUACGAUAAAAUGCAUUAAAGGAACACUAUCCUUAUGUACAUAAUACGAUAAUUAAAAUUAGUAUUUUAUGAAAGGAAGCCCCUUUCCUUUUAGGUUUGUUACCCCCUCGUUCCCCCUUCCUAUUUUGCUCACCAAUUUAGUUGUUGUGUUUUGGUUUGUUUUUUUUCUGUUUAAAAUUUUUUGAAAAAUCUUAAAUAAAAAAAAAUAAUUUGAAAAAGAAUACAGCUGUGUAUUUUUAACACUCUAGUACCCUAGUCACUGUUAAGGUUACUGGGCCAGCCUUGUCAUGGUUAAAAAAGAGUGAGUUUACUUACCUUUUUUCCCCCUUCAUCGCACUGAUCUCCCUGCUCAAGCAUCAUCUCUGUGGCUGAGAUCAUCAAUAUCGCCGUGCUGCACCAAUCGGAUGAUCUCUAGAGACCACCUGACCAAAAUAGCAGAGUUUUACUUUAUUUUACUGUCAGUGCCUAUCAAUAUGACAUCCACUAGACUGACCAGGGAUAGGCAACCUUCGGCACUCCAGAUGUUGUGGACUACAUCCCCAUAGUGCUCUUACACUCAUUCUGGCAGAGCAUCAUGGGAGGUGUAGUCAAAAAAACAUCUGGAGUGCCAAAGGUUGCCUACGCCUGCGCUAGAGACUGCUUAAUCCUGCAAUAGAAACGUUGCCAUUCCUGCUGAACGGCAAUGUUUUCAACUUUAUGGUAAGGGGGGGGGGGGAAUAACCUAGACCUCUUCACUGAGAUGAGCGUUCCUUUAACAAUGUGACGGUGCAUGUGGCAAUAUUUUUAAUUGUUUUGCUUUUUUUUUUUUUCUUCCUCUAAGGGCAUUUGCAGAUUAUUAUUAUUAUUAUUAUUAUUAUUAUUAUUAUUGAGAAUGCAGGGGAGCAAAUUGGUCAUCAAAUAGUUAACUUAAAGUUGUACUAUGCAAAUUUCCAUGCUGUUUCUACCUCUCUCACAACCCAACAUGUAACACAUCCUCUUCCUCCUCAUACUCUGUGCCAGACUGAAUACCAGAAGUCCAUUUCUGCGUACUAGUAAGAAUAAAAGGAAAUAGACAAAUUAAGAUUUCAAAGUUUAUUGUUGAAAUUUUGUUUGUAAGAUGAGUUCAGGUAGAGACAGGUUUAAGAUGUGGAGGGCGUGAUACAGAGGGUGCAUACAUCAUUUUGAAAAAUGCCACAUGGGCUGUCCCUCCUGCUCUUAAAAAUAGACAUUUAUUUUUAUUUUUUGUUUUAUUUGGAGCAACUACUUUUCCCAUUUUAAGCCGAAUACAGUUACUAUUCAAGAACUAAAAGCAGAAAACAGUAGGACGCAAAUGAGCUGCUAUAGCGAAAGCAAAGUGCCCAGUUGUGACCUGCUGUAUUAGGUAUCAAUUAGAGACUCCAGGGGUCUCUAGGGGCUUAACCCCAAUAUGUACAAAAGGAGAACAAGUAAAACUGAUACAAGUGGUAACAGUACAUAUAUAACCACAUAUGACCACUUGUAUCAGUUUUACUUGUUCUCUUACAGUUACUACAAAAAACAUACAAAAAAUUAACAGAAAGAUACAUUGUAAAACAUAGCAAAAGAGAAUGAGAUAAAAAUAUUUUUUGAAACCUUGCUUAACAUUCUCUGUUGGGAUUCCAAGUAUAUUGAUUCCAAGUAUAUAAAUAUAUCUCAGACACUCCUCCUAUAAAUGACUGACAUUCCUCCACCUAUGCACGGUGCAUCACUAGCAUAUUCGGCAGCAUCAUGCAUUCUCCUAUUGAUUUCAUGGGGACAAAAUCUGCAAGGUAAGAGAUUUUUCUGGAGUACUGAAAAACAGGAUAACAAAUAAAUAACCUAGGCAGGCAAGACACAGGUACCAAAUCGAAACUACUUUAUCAGUUGCGGAACACCUGUGGAAGUAUAGUUGUUUUAGGACAUUCUAGUUAAAGGGACAGUUCCGCUCAUUGAAGUGGUCUGGGUGCAAACUCCCAUCACCCUUAACCCUGUAGUGGUAAAUAUUGCAGUUUUUAUAAACUGCAAUAAUUACCUCUGAGGGUUAAGUCCUCUUCUAGUGGCUGUCUACAGCCACUACAGGGACUUCUGGAAUUGAAUCUGACUUUUGGUCCGUUAUCUGAUUCUGGACGUUCUCACGCUCUGCAUGAGGACCUCCACCGUCAGAUUUUUUUUCCUAUAGGAAAGCAUUAUUUAAAGCCAUUGCAGGGCCUGCGCAUCAGGUCCCCCCCUGCCGGCGGACAUCAGCAGAGGAGGAGCGGAGCUGAGCCAGCACCGAGGGACCCCUUCAGUGCCGCAAGAGGGGGAAGCUAUGGUGUCAAGAAAACGAGUUUGUUUUCCUGGCACUAUAGUUUUCCUUUAAAAUGAUUUUCAGUACCGGGCCAAUUAAGCUCUAAACCCAGCAUGGUCUGUUUUGGUUCAAUUAUUUGAUAUUAAAAAUGAUAGUGGUAUUUAAUAAUACACUGCAUUGCUAUACAUUGAACAAGCAAAUAAAAUAACUGAAAAAAAACAACAUUUUGAUACUAGUAAAUAAUUGAUAAUGGAAGAUAGAAAUUUUUUUAUUUAGCAAAAUUAGUUUGUGGAGAUUAAACACUGUAUUAUACAAAUUAAUUUAUAUACUUAUAAUGUGUUUACAAAUAUGCAAGGUGUAUGGUUCAAUAUUUAAUCAAAUAUUAACAUUCUCAGUUGGGAUUCCAAAUAUCCUAAUAUUUACUUCCUGCUUACAUGUGUAACUAUGGCGAUGCACUGACUUCCUGUCAUGUUGCCAGAAAGCUACUCUAAUUUCCUGUCAUGUGAUAAACCAAAUACUGAUAUGAAAGUGGUGUGUGAAAUAAAACACCACCUUUAAUGAUGGCUUACAUACCCCAUAUUCACUACCCUCUUUUUAGGGACACUGUAGGCACCCAGACCACUUCAGCUCAUUGAAAUGUCCCAUUGCAAAUUCUGUUUAAUUUAGAAAUCCUUACCUCCCAUACUUCUAAUAGCUUGCUACACCUUGCCAGGAGCCUCGUGUGUGUUUAAAGGUCAAUUUACAGAGCAGGAGAUAAAAACUUAAAAUAAGUCUGAUUGAAAAUAAAACCUCUGUUUUUUUUCAUGCAGGCUGUGUCAGUCACAGCCAGGGGAGGUGUGGCUGGGGCUGCAUUAACAGAAACAAAAGUGAUUUAACUCCUAAGUGGCAGAGAAUUGAGUAAUAAAACUUCAGGGACAUGAUUUAUACUUUAAAACUGCUUCAUUAAGCUAAAGUUGUUUUGAUGACUAUAGUGUCCCUUUAAAUUCCUUCUCCACAGCCAGUAUAGGAUUUUGCACUUCUAUCAUCUCACCCACCAGGUAUCCCCUUGAUUACUUUCCUUUGAACUCUAAUGUUUUUUUCCCCCUUGUAACCUCCACUCAUAUAUUUAAUCUAUAUUUCUCUUCUGAUGCUGUCCCCAUUUCCUCAAACAUAUAUAAUUGUCAUUGUCAUCCAAAAAAAGUCAGCUCUUGACCCAAUGUUUCCCUCUACCAAGCCGUAUCACGAUUCCCUUUUGUCUCAAAUUUGUUUUCUCAUAUACAUCCCUUUUCAACCAAUGGUCUCUGCUCUGUGGAUUCUGCUGUAAUGUCCAUAACCAAAGUGACAAGGCAAUUUAAUCACGGCUAAAUCCAAAGGUCGUUAUGCUCUAUUAAUUCUUCUCAACCUCACUGCUGCUUUUUGUUAUAUGUUUCUUCUUAAAACAGUCACACCUUAGACUUCAUGAGAGAGGUUUUUUUCCUGUUUUCACUGCCCCUUUCAGCACUCGUUCAUAGUCUACUUUUCUGUCUCGGCAUCCUCUCCACUACCUGUUACAGUUGGAACCCCCGCCAGCGCUCCGUUUAAGCCAUCUUCUCAUUACACUCACUCUUGGCAACCUUGUGUCUUUUUGUAACUCCGUAACACAUGCAUACUGAUACCCUAAUAUAAAUCUCAUCCCAUGAUCUCUCUUCAGCCUCCUGGAAUGUGUCUAUCUCUUGUCAGUCUUCUUAUACAACCAAUAUUUUCUGACACCCAGUCUUUUCAAAACUGGACUUCUUAUAUAGUCCUCCUUCAAGAUCAAUCCUCCAUUGUCUCUUUUCCUGCCUGUUUUUUUUUUACUCUGACCAUUCCUUUUUUUACCCACCCCCAUCCAGUCUGUCUCUAAAUUCUAUAUUCUACACCCUAAAAGUAUUACCUCUUUCUGCUUAAUGAUGCGGCCAUGGCAUUUGUUCAUGAUCUUAUAAUUUGCAUCUUAAUCCUUAUCAAUCUUCAUUCUCUUUCUUACCCACCACUCGUCAUACAUCAAAGCCGCUUCCUAGUCUUUACACUGAUUUUCCAAAUAAAAAUCCUGAUACCUGCCUAUAAACGGUCUACAACUCUACUCAUCAUAAUGUGCUUUAUGUACACCCUCUAAACAUAUUUCUUCAAAAAGUUUAAAGGAAUAGUUUAAUGUUGGGAAUAAAAAGAUCCCUCUGCCCCCUGAAAAUAAAAAAAAAUAGAAAAACUUUCUGUUGGGGGGCACUUCUAAUACGCAUGCACGUCGAGCACAUGCUUUAGGCUUUCCCCAUCGUAAAGUAUUGGCUCAAUGCUUUUCUAUGGGAUUUUGCUUGACCCUGUAUGUCCAGUGUUGUUUCAUGAGAACAACUCUGUAAAACUGCAGUAGUCUGGUAGCCGGCCACUAUAGACAGUCUUAUACUCAAAAACGAAAGGGAACAGGGACAGUGCACCCAGACUACUUAAAUGGCAUGAAGUGUAAACAUUAAAUGACUCUUUACAGGAAGUGUCUAGGAAGGCUGUGUAAGUCACAUGCAGAGAGGUAUGCCUAGGGCUGCAUAAACAAAGUGAUUUAACUCCUAAAUGGCAGAGAAUUGAGCAGUGAAAGUGCAGGGGCAUGUUCAAUACACCAAAACUGCUUCAUUAAGCUAAAGUUGUUUUGGUGACUAUAGCGUCCCUUUAACACCAGUGUCCUCUGACUCACUCCACACUACUGGCUCUUCUGUGACUUUCACUCUCACUCACGUUUUCACUCUACAUCUUUUGCACGGAUGUUAUAAUCUCUGCUCCCCUUUGACAUGUUGUUAUUCCUCUUGUUUCCAUUUCCAUAUAUGUCUUAUUCACAUUUCCUCUAGGUUGAAAGCUCUCUGGAGUUGGUCAUUUCCUAUCAUUACCUCCUAUUUCUGAUCCCGUUAAACUUGUAAUUUAUUUGCAGUUUUUAUAUCCCUCCAUGCAAUUGUAAGGUGCUGCAGAAUGUUCUGGCAUUGUGUACAUGCUAAUAAGAAUACUAGAGCACUAAGCCUAAAUGCAGUAGGAUUUUCAAAAUUGUAUGGGUUUAAGAUAUAUAUAUUCGGAUACAAUGUUACUGGGAUGAAUUAAUGAUACAAAAGUAAAGAUUGGUUAUGUUAUUGAACAAUUAAUUCUCUGUUAUUACACACCUUAGUCACACAUCCUAAAUGCUCCAACGUAUGAAAUGUCGGAAGGUAUGUUAGCACGGGUGCUUAUAUCUGUUUGUUCUGCGUGAUUAAUUAUUUGCCUUUUCUAUUACAAGGUACUGUGAUAUGCCAGUAUGACCGUGGGGUUGGCAUGGCAAUGAUGUGCCAAUAUUAUUAGACAUUUCCGGAGUUCAGACAUAACUUUGUGUUUGUGGUUAUUUUUACUAAAGGAAUAAAUCCCAGUACAGCUUUUCUGAUCAGGUGAAUGCUGAACUCCAUGAAUAAUAUUAAACGGGUGAUAAACAGGCAGAUAAAGUUAGACAAUCUAUGUAGCAUCAGAGCUGGAAUUAAAAUAACACUUCAUCAAAAAAUAAACAAACAUUUGGUAGAUAUACCAACAAAGAAAACGUUUUUUUUUUUUUUUACAUGGUUUCUUUGUGGGUAUAUAAAAUUGUGGCAUGCAGUAGCUGCAGAUCUAGUAUCUGCAGCUACUGGAAGACCUCCCCUUUUUCCUUGUUAUAGAUUUUCUAGUCUGUGCCAGGAAAUAGACAAUCAGAGGCUUCUUCUCAUGCCAGCCGUGUGUGCAUGGCUGUCCAAUCACAGACUUCUUGUAACGAUACUUACCCAGUCCUAGAACUGAUCAGGAACCUCUGCAUGGGCUUCGUGCCAAAUGAAAUAACCGUUUGUGUGGCUCGAAUCCCAGCACUGAGAAUGUUUUUGCUUACGGAGCGUGUUCUUAAAGACACACAGGGGACAUAACAUUGUUUCCUGGCUCAGGUUGGUCCACGUCAGUCUGGCGUCCCUGUUCACACAAGUUCUGGGGUCACAGGCAUGACGUGGACCAAUCAAAGCACACAUAACCGUAUUUAAACUCCUCUGGCCCCAUUUACUGUGCCCUAGCAUGGUGUUUGUUCUCAGUACCCUUUAGUGCAUUCCUUGUUUCAUUGUUACAUAUCUGGUAUUGACCUUGGCUUAGUUCCUGCCUCUAAGUUUCUCUGUAACCCGUUUCUGGCAUUAGUUUUUUACCUAUUGAUAUAACGUUUACCUGAUUCUGGCUAGUUCUCGCUUUUGCUGUCUUUCUGUUAUCCAGACCUAGGCUUGUGUUUGACUACAUUUCCUCUCUAUUGUACCUUAAACCUGUCCACUCGAAGGACCAGUGAUAAGUCGUCUAUUUUGGUGCAGUUUAUUACUGUUAUCCUAGACGCUGCUUGUUUGGCUUAUUCCUCGCGACUCUAAAUAAACUGUAUUACCAUGUAUUGAGUAGUUUGUCAAAGACAAGUGUGUUUGCGGAAGUGUGUGUCUUCGCAUUUAAUUGCACUUUUAUGAAAUGAAACAAAUAGGACACUCUGUACAGAUCAAGCACUUCAACAAGCUGAGCGUGUUUGGAGUGUUAUUUUAACAUUAAAGCCCUCGGCAGGAUAAUACUUAUUGUCUCUCUUUAUCUAUAUUUGCUCUAUAUGCUUCUUCCCGUAUACUACUGUUAAUUAUGGUUCGUUUCUUUUCAUAUCUUUGCAAUCCACCCAUGUCUCUUAGCUGGAUGCCCCACUUACACUCACUUUUUAAUGCUAUCUCCCUUCUCUUACCUAACUUUUAUUAAGUCCCCUCCUCCCUUUAUAGCAGUUUCCUUUUACCACCCUUUCCGUUGUACCAGGGCUCUCUGUCUACUUAUCCCCAAACCUUCCUAUAUUCUAGUCCCUCCUUGUUCUCCACUUGUUUUUGCCUCAUUCCCUUAAUCGUGUCUCUAGCCAACAUAUUCUUUAGCUGCAUCCUUUCUAUUUAUUUCCCUUUAUGUCCAUCCUAAUGUAUUUUAACUUUUAGUAAAGCCAGUUCAACUCUUCACUCAUUUUCUUUUAUGAACCCAAAGCUUACGUUAACUGCUAGUCAUUCAUUCCUUGCAGAAAUAUUCGAGAUUAUAUGGUAUCCAAUGUACUGCAAUACUUUUGAUGUGUUUUGGAAAAUUUGAUAAAGUGCUGCUGUAGGUGUGACACCGAAAAUAAACACUGCUCCGUAAUAUUUUCAAUGGAACUUGCUGGUAUUUUUGGGAAUGCAAAUUCUCAUAAAUCAAUCAUAUUGUAAAAUUUCUGUUGACAUAUAGGUAUAUUGAGAUAAAUGUAAAUAUUUAAUUUUUUCUUUAGUAUUUUUAUAAUCGUACAUUAUACACACAGGUUUGGCAGGUAUGAUUUAAAUUUUCAAUGCAUAGAGUUAAAUAUAGGCUGUGGACAAAAAAGCUUUUGGAUUACAAAAUAAUCACAAUUUAUUCUUAAUUGAAUAUAAGGGAAGAAUUUGGAGAGAGACUAAAAGCUACUGUAACCUAGCAUGUGUUUUUGUUUUUUUUCUUUUCAAAUCACGGUUUUCUUUACUUGUGAAUAGUACUUCUGUCUCUUGAUCAGUUCAUUGAAUCUCUCAUCCUCUUUGUCAUUCUUUAAUAUCCGGUUACUUGGCUUAUAUAACAAUGGAAGACCACAGAUCACUACUUUUACUGAUGAAUGGUACCUCUGUUUUCCGAUAUAGCAACAGUUUAAAAAUGUCACAUUUAUCGAAUGCCAGAUUGAUCCUGAAUAUGUCCAUUUGGAGAUAUAUGUACGUGUUUGUGGUUAAUCAAUUCAAAGAGUAUUUAUUUAAAUCUGGACUUAAUGCAGUACUUUCACAUGUUUUAUUAUAAAAUGCCAUAUGCUCAAUUUUUUCUCUCUCUCUCUCUCUCUCUCUCUCUCUCUCUCUCUCUCUCUCUAUCUAUCUAUCUAUCUAUCUAUCUAUCUAUCUAUCUAAAAUAAAUGUAAAUCUUGUUUUAGGUAGGACAGCCCUGAAUUUAGGAUCCCGUUCCAGGUUCGCCCUCUGAUGUUACACAUAUGUUUAUCACGGGAUUGCUAAUGUAAUUCUAAUAUAAUUCUAAAAGUGAAAUGGUAGAGCCCAUUUACUCCUCCUCUAUUCUGACUGUAGGAAUGUUGGGACCCAUUGAAACGUUUUUUUACUGUUUGAAAAGAGGGGGGUGAGUUGUCAAUUUCAACACGCUUCCAGGUAUUAAACGAGUAGUGGCUUUUGGAAGAGAAAUGUGUAUCUCUAUUGGCUUUAGCAUUAUAACCAACAAAGAUGGGCGAGAGGAUAAAUUGAGUCAUCUCUGGAUGCAUUUUUCGGUAUCAAGUACUUUUUCGGAAAUGGUAAAUGCUUAAAAUGCUGAAAUUUAUGUUUAAUGAAACUAGAUUUGUCCAAAAGGCACGUUGAAUUACAGAAUAUGAAUUAAACCCUUAUGGGCCGCACUUUAGAAUGUUUUCCAGAAAUGGGAUCUGGUGAGCAGGAAGGCGAUGGGAAAUAAAAUAUACAUCAAACCAAUAUCUGAAGGGUGUUAAAGAAUUGGCAGCAGGGAGUGUGUGGAAACAGAAGCUUACUUUCAGCUAAUUAAUCCAAGUUUCACAGAGAAUGACAGCUGCUCCUAGCAGUUGGCCACCUCUUGUCGUGUCUGUUUACUUUUGACUCUGCAAUAUAGCUUCAUGUCUUUGUGACAGUGAAGCUGGUUUAAAAACAUUUAUGAGGAUGAGAACGUUUAGAAAUGAGAAUAACAACUUAUAGUAUUACUGCUGUAACAAACACAGCAGCAGAUUUGUUUUCUAGAAUAAUAAUUAUAGUAAUUACAAACUUUAGAAUAAUUCCAGAAACUUGUAAAUAAUAUGUCUGCUUAAAGGACCACUAUAGUGCCAGGAAAACCUACUUGUUUUCCUGGCACUAUAGUGCCUGAGGGUGCCCCCACCCUCAGGGACCCCCUCCCGCCGGGCUCUGGGGAGAGGAAGGGGUUAAAAUCUUACCUUUCUCCAGCACUGGGUGGGGAGCUCUCCGCCUCUUCUCCUCCUCUUCGGCUGAAUGCACAUGCGCGGCAGGAGCUGCGCGCACAUUCAGCCAGUCUCAUGGGAAAUUCAUAAUAGAUAAUAAUAGUAGAUAAUAAUUCAUAAUGCUUUCCUAUGGACGCUUGCGUCUUCUCACUGUGAUUUUCACAGUGAGAAGCACGCAAACGCCUCUAGCGGCUGUCAAUGAGACAGCCACUAGAGGCUUUAGAGCAGGGGUUCACAACCCAGUCCUCAGGACCCCCUACCAGUCCAGGAUUUGGGGAUUACCUGGGUGUGUCUCAGGUGUUUAGAAAAAGGGAAAUAAACACCUUAGACUCUAAGGUGUUUUUUUUUUUUUUUGUUUUUUUUUAAACACCUUAGACACACCGAGGUAAUCCCUAAACCCUGGAUUGGUAGGGGGUCCUGAGGACUAACGUUGAGAACCCCUGCUUUAGAGGCUAGAUUAACCUAUUUAUAAACAUAGCAGUUUCUCUGAAACUGCUAUGUUUAUAAAAAAAAAUGGGUUAACCCUAGCUGGACCAGGCACCCAGACCACUUCAUUAAGCUGAAGUGGUCUGGGUGCCUAGAGUGGUCCUUUAAGUUGGAUCGGUUUUUCUAGCCCAGUUUGACCAAAAUCGUAUCUUAGGAGCUUUGUUAGGUGAUUCUCAAGAAGAAAUUACACACGAGUUAAUAUUAAGAGUUGUAUUCCAUAGAAUUAUAAUUAUUUUAUAUAGUGCUGAUAAAUUCUGUAAUGCUUUGGACAAUAAAGUUUUAAUAACCUAGUUUAAGCGGCAAGUAAACAAAUAUUGUAAAUUUUUGCAGCCUUGCAUUUAAACUUACAGUCUAAAAAUCUUUAUUAAAAAUAGGUUUAUUUAAUUUUUAAAUAUGACUUCUACAUACCACUAAUUAGGUGCCUUCAAUAAAAUCACUUUUGAGUUUGAGAAUGUGCGGCAUUCUAGCUUAGUUUCUAUCAUAUCCCCCCCGUCUCGUCUUUCCUCCAAGCUAAACAUGUUAAGAUCCUUUAACCUUUCCUGGUAAGUUUUAUCCUGCAAUCCAUGAACCAGUUUAAAACUUACCAGGAAAGGUUAAAGGAUCUUAACAUGUAUAGCUUGGAUGAAAGACGAGUAUUUAUUUAUUUUCCUUGCAUGGUUUCUGCUGAACCAUGAGUUAUUGCAAAUAACUCUCGUGAUUAAUAUUGAAAGUUGUGUAGAUAAAUAAAAGCAGAUAUGAGAUGUUUUGCAACUUUCAUUUCCCUACAGAUGGUAAAAACCAAUCAAACAACUGGCAAAAUCCUACUUUUGAGAUAGUUUGUACUUAUCAAGGUUAUUCAGGUCGGGUGCUUGCAGACUCUCGUGCUUUACUAAAUGGAUAAUUAUACCAUUUAUUAUCCAAUGUAUUUUAAUUCUACUAUUGCCGAUCAACGGAUGCAGACACUCUCCAAUAACCAUCCAUUGUCUUUUGCCUGACUUUUUGUUUUAGGAUGGUGUAGCUUAAUUUAGAGUACAAUUAAUUUAUACGUUAUUAUUUAUUUAUAGCUUUUUUUUUCUUCUUAUUUACAAUUAUAUAAAAUAGAUGAUUAAAGUUUGCUUUGGAAAGCAAAAUAUUCUUCUGCAGGGUGUAAUUGGUGUGUUCUAACUUAAUCUAACUUUUUUUUAUGUUUGAAUUUGAAAUAUAUUAGAAAAGCAGUGCACUAUUAGGUCUUGAAAAAGGCCCGAACGACUGAAAACCUUGAUCAAGGAUAUUCUGUGAUAUGUAACACAUUUAUUUGAAUUCGAAAUGUUAAAUAGACGUAAGAGUUCACCCCUUUUCUUUUAUAUACAUUCAAUGCAAGGACCAAAUCAAGUUAUAUUAGUGACUCGGAGAGGGGAGUGCCAAGCAUCCAUCCAUCCAUCCAUCAAUCAUGUAUUUGGAGGGUUUUCCUCCUGUCCAAUGACACCACUGUAAGUUCUGCUAUGAUGCUCAGCCCAGCUCUUUUUUAUUUAUUUCUACAGUAGACCGGCUCAUGGCUGUACUACCAUCCCCAAACUGGCUCUGGAGCUGAAGCAUAUCCUCCAGCCUGCAUCCAACUCCAAGCUGCCUACCGUCACUCCUUUAAGGGUGAUGAUGCCUCUUGGACAGCUUUCCAAAGGAGCCACCUUGGAUGACCUCAUACAGAUGUGUAUUCAAACCUUUGGUGAGUUUUUGAUCCAUUUUCAUCCGUGUGUUGGCUCUAAUUUUAUGAUUAGAAUGCUGGGGGAUAAAAUAAAUGAUAUCGUUUUGUAGCAAAACAAAGGAUCCUCAUUCACACAGUAAUGUUUACCUUGUUUUAAUGUUGCCUAAGUGGGUCCUGAUUGGACUCAUUUUGAGACGUCCCUUUAAAGUUUAAUAACGGUUGUGCGAUGGUUGAGGAUGAUAGUUGUUUUAGAUUAGCAACAACCAUAUAUGCUGAGUUUAAUCAGAAUCCUUACUCAUUUUUUUUGUCUUGUUUACAUUAAACACUAGUGAAACCAUUAUCUUCUUGUAUGUUAUUGCAUUUUCAAUUUAACAGUGAUUAGCAAAGAAACAUUGUUACGGGAGAAUUAGCCACAACAUAAUUUGAUUUACAGGCAUAAUAACAAUUUACUAGCCUCGGGGUCACCUAAUUUCUGGAUAAUGUAUUGCUUAAUUAAACACAGUAUUUCGCUUUGGGUUGUGUGUUAUUUAGAGAAACCCUGAAUGUCAAACAGAGAUUAGGGCUCUCUAGGGACAAAUUUAACAAUGGUCUUACAUUUGGUUGGCUAAUUUCUGACCUUUAGAUUUAAUGACAACCUUACUCGUAUUAAAAUGUUUGCUAGAAAGGGGCACUCUGCACCUUAAUCACUACAGGAAGAUCUAGUGGCUAUGGUGCUUCAAAAGUUUGUGUCAAACAGUUUUUGAGCAGUUUGCCAAAAAUGGGUCUCUCUCAGUAUCCAAAGCCUAGCCCCUCUGGAGAGACUUGGCUAAUACAGAAAUUAACUUAGACUCUCAGUUGUACGACCAUUAGAGUAUAUGAUAGGCUAACACCGGUAGGGGCAGGUUAAUGCAGUGCUUUCACCCUAUUUGUGACCCCAAAGUUGGAUGGGGGUGUUGUGGAAGUCUCCAAUGAGUUGUAGUGGUUGUGGUGCUUUGAUCACGCGUUGAGUCAACGUAUUGUUUCAUCAUUUGCUGUCUCGAUAUUUUGACUGCUGAUAUUUAUCACAUUUUGAACAUUGAUAAUGAUGAAACUGUCUGGGUUGAACAUCUCUUCGAAACAGAGUUAAGAAGAAGACCAUUCUUCUUAAGGCUUGCAAAAGCCACCAUGUUGUGCUGGACAUACACCGCUUCCACAUAUUGAUUACUGAUGGACAUGACAUGUAAAGUGCUGCCCUGAAUUUUGUGUCCAUUCUGUUCUGAGAGAGUAUUCCAUUUUCUAAUCGUGGCCGUUCCUUUUAGAUUCUUUCCUGAUAGAUAGAAGUUAUAUAGUGCACAAGGCAACACUUAUCUUGUCCUCUCCAGCAGCAAUAAAAUGCUAAAGCUGUUGUUUUGGUGAUUACAAACCUCUUCUAGAAUCCGCAGAGUUAGAAAAGGCUAUAUAACACACUGUUUGCUCUGAAUUACUUGUAAGAGGAAGCUUGUAAAGGAAAUGCAUCCUGCAAAGCAUCAUAAAAUAUAAUGCAUCCUGCAAGAUUGUCUAUUUUAACCCCUUGAGAACCACAUGCCAAUGUUUGUUAAAAUCACAAUCAGGCCUUCAAAACACGUUAUGUCCGUAUGGGAUAUCCUGUGUGUUUAGCUUUGAUAGCGCUAUAUAGCCCUGCUUUUAUUAAAGGAAUAAAACUUGUAAUUUUCAAAAAGGUUAUCCCUGCCGUCAUUUGUCGUAGCCCCUUUAGGACCAAGAAUUGCUGAUUUUCAAUGCGGAUAUAGAUCUCAUAAAUACCUCUCCUCAAAGCGGACAUCUGGGUACCAUGAUAAAGUGUGUCGUUCAAUAUUUUAAGAAACCUGUAUCCACUCUACGUGCAUCAAACUGGUCAAAUUGUAUAUAUUAAUCGGUAUUUAGGACUAGUAAUUAGACUCCUAUGCAUAAUAUGAUAUUAAGUGAAAUUAAUUAGUACUACAUUGAAAUGACAUUUGUAUAAUUGCUUUAGCUAUAAGAGACCAAUUUAGGUUGUAUUGGUCUAUAAUUUGAGAUCUUUUUAUCUCACUUCAACCUUUGAAUACAGAACUCAAAUAUCACAGUUCCAGAUUCUUUUUGAAGCAGGACACUUCAUAUGUGCCUAAUCAAUAGUGUUUUAUUUUAGGACAUUUUGUUGAUUGGUCUUUGAAGCAAUUAACAUUAUAUAUGCAUUGGGUAGAAUAUAAUAUAGAGGCAAGCAGGGACCUCUGCUAGUUUAGGGUGUCUAUCAAAAUGUUUCCCUGAGGAACUUACAUUGAUAAGGUCAUAACAUUGGACUAAUUAAGGUGGCAAUAAAUAAGGAGGAAAUAAACGUAACCUUGUGGUUAUAAAUUGGUCUUUGUAGUGGCAUUUUUGUUUUUAUGGAUACAAUAUUCUUACUCUAUUUUCAUAACAAAUGAAUUGUCCAAAGUCACACAUACAUUGAAAAAUACCCAUGUUGUGCAUCAUUUAAGCCCAGAAUGAGGUGGCUUUGAUAUUUUUCAACACGAGGAAUAAUUAUAAGCCGACUUAAUUAAUUGUGAAAUACAAGAGAUGCCCAGUAAAUAGCCCACAUAGUUUGAGAGGUUGGUUUACUUGCCUGUUCUUAAAUAAUGCUCCAUCAUUCUUCAAGAUAGUACUUUGCUGAAGUGGUGUAAUUUAAAGGGACACUAUAGUCACCUAAACAACUUUAGCUUAAUGAAGCAGUUUUUGUGUGUAGAUCAUGUCUCUCAGGUUUCACUGCUCAAUUCACUGCCAUUUAGGAGAUAAAUCACUUUGUUUCUGUUUAUGCAGCCCUUGUCACACCUCCCCUGGCUCUGAUUGACAGAGCCUGCAUGAAAAAAACUGGUUUUGCUUUCAAUCCGAUGUAAUUUACCUUAAACAAAUUUAAUCUCAUUCUCUGUAAAUUGAACUUUAAACACAUACAGGAGGCUCUUGCAGGGUCUAGCAAGCUAUUAACAUAGCAGGGGAAAAGAAAAUCUAAAUUAAACAGAACUUGCAAUAAAGGAAAGAUAAAUUGUAGAUGACUGUUUACAGGAAUUGUUUAGGGAGGCUGUGCAAUUCACAUGCAUGGAGGUGUGACUAGGUUUAAUAAACAAAGUGAUUUAACGCCUAAAUGGCAGAGAAUUGAGCAGUGCGACUGCAGGGGCAUGAUCUACGCACUGAAACUGCUUCAUUAAACUAAAGUUGUUUUGAUGACAAUAGUGCCCCUUAUAGGAGUAAGGAUUUAUGUUUCAUUAUCUGUGGACACUGGAGGUUUCUACAAUCUCUGUUACUGUGUGCUCAAUAAGAUCAUUGAAUGAGGAUAUAUUACUCCUAGUGGCAAUAGUCCUGAUGUCUGCAGCUCACUUGUAAAGGAUUAGUAGAUCUUCUCAUUCAUGGUUAGUUGAGAAAGAUGAGCAAGGCAUUGCGAAGAAGAUGUUUGUUGUUAUGGCUUACUGAGUAUUAAUAACCGAGAGAUGCGUUGUAAUAAAGAAAAGGCCUUUGGCACAUGUUCAGGUAUUAGAACAUCUUGGUUUAAUACCACACCUGUUUGGAACGUUUAUCGUAAUGUAAAGAUAAUUCCUGCUACCAGGAAUUAAGGCGUUGCCUUAUACUUGUACUUAUGAAGACUUUAUUUAUGACACUAAAAGGUGUAAUUAUCACUUUACAGGUUACAUUCCAGAAGAAAGAGCAUGCAGGUUUAGUGCAGACAUAAUAGGGAUACAUCAAAUGUGUAUUAAAAUAUGAGGUCCCUUACAUCCUAAGAUCUAAGUCCACAAUGCUGUAUAUAAAUGUUUUUACAAUCUUGUGGGAUUUGCAUUGAGACCAGGUUGGAGGACAAUGACCUCUUUGUGGGGGUGAGGGGAGAGUCAUGAAGAUGUCAUCCAGGUCUCGUUCUUGCUCCACACUCUCCUCCCAGAUCCUAUUUAUUGCUCCUUAAAGAAUAAAUGUAGUCCAGGCACUAAGGAUCACUUAUGGAGCAGAUUUAUUGGAAAAUCAGGAAAAAAACACAACGUUUCGAUCUCAACUGAGAGAGUUUUCAGACUUGAAAAAUGUAGCAUGUUUUUCCUGAUUUUCAAAUAAAACUGCCACUUAAGAGAUCCGGAGUGCCUGGACUACAUUUAUUGUUUUACCAUUGGAGUGGAGUUUGCCAGUCAACGGUUUGGAUGUACCAGGACCAGAUAAGAGUGCAGGUUCCUUCUUUUGUUUGUUCAUUGAGAUUCAUCAUUGAAUACUUUACAUUUUCAACUUUCAGGUGCGCGCUCUUCCUUCAUGGUUUUAUAUAUAUAUAUAUAUAUAUAUAUAUAUAUAUAUAUAUAUAUAUAUAUUAGCAUUUUCUUGACAUACCCUGUUAUGAAUGCAAUCAGGUCCCUGUAGUUAUAGAAUCCAAAUAACUGAAUCAUUGUAGGUUUUAGAAUUCUGCUUUAUUGCCUUUUUGGGUUUAUAUCUAUAACCAUAAUUGUAUUUUCCUAGAACAUUUUCCUAGAAUUUUCUUUAAAAUAUAUAUUUAUUUAUUUAUUGGCGGCUGAUUGUAAGCUUGCAUGGUUUGUAUAGUGUAUAUAGUAUACUAGGAUGUGGGUGAGAGAUAUACAAGUAUAUUAUUUAGUACAUUAACCACAUUUGGUUGGAUUUGUUUUAGAUUGUUUGUGAGAUAUUUGGUUCUCAAAGUCCUGGUGACUGCCAGCUACUGAAAUGAGUGAUGCUCUCUAAUUAAUUGGGAGCACUAGAGUCUUAGUGGCUUUUAUAACUCUUUGGUAAACAUACUUGAUCUUGGCGGAAUGUAAGACUGUUUUGUCACAGUAUUCUAACAAACUUAAAGGGACAAUCUAAGCACCAUAACUACUACACCUAAUUGUAGUGGCAGGGAAGGGCAAACCUUGCCACCCCCCUAGAUGUUUGGUUACUUCAUUUUCCAUGAUGUCCAGAGAGCCUUGCUGGCCAAGCAUUGCUGGAAACCUAAUUCUGAAACAUUUAGGAUGCCAAGAUAGUCUUCACUGUUCUAGAAUAAAGUGUUAGAUUUUAGUUUUUAAUGUGCUGCAUGAUCAAUUAAUCUCCAUAAAUCACAUUUAAUUUUCAUGUGCGAUUUUUGUCACAAUAAUCGCUUGUCACAUUUCUCUUCCAUCCUGGUAAAAUAUUUUAUAAAUAAAUAGAUUGUACUCUGUGAUACUGCUCGUUAAUAACUGUCCUUGAGUAUUGUUUUUAAGAUUGGGGGAUAUUUGUUACCUGGAGAGCUGGAAACCCCCCAGGGACUAAUUAUGUGCAGGGAAAUGUGGGAGGAAAAUUAACAAAUCAAGCUUCCAUUGUCUGCCACUCUGAAGGAAAAUGGAGAAAAAUUGCAACCACAUUAGACUUCAUACAACAACUUUCCCUGAAUGGAAAAGAGGCAGGAAACCCGCUGCUAACCUGACAGAAUACAAGAACUGAAAUGGAGAAACAGCUCUUUUAUUUAGCUUUUACUUUCCAUUACAUGAUGCUCUAAGAGAUUAAUGUGCUUAAGUGCCAUUUUAUUUUCAGAAUAAAAUGGCACUCAGAAUUUGCCCCUCUGAGUGUCGGAGAACAUCUCCAUGGGUUAUGGCAUGGGUCUGAUAUAACAUGCAACAGAAGAAAAUAAACAGUUAUUUCAUUAUUGAUUGUGUGUUAAUAGGGGUCAAUGUCUCCAGAGAUUUAAAAUCCAUCUGGUCAACUGCGUCUCAGGUCCUCUCUGAAGUAUAAAACAUACCCACCAACAUCAAAAAUUGAGAACUUUAGGAAAGAGGGACACUGGGGGCAGAAAAAAAAAAAAUAACACAGGAUUUGGGUCACAGACUAGGACUGUCCCUCCAAAAUAAGGACACUUGGCUUGGAAGACACUGUGAGAUGUAAAACCAGAAGAAGGAAGUGUCCCUAUUUAGGAUAGGACAGUCCCUAUUUUGGGCUAAAAUCAAAACGAAAAGAGUGUUUGAGUGUAGAACAGAGCUCCACAGCAAUAAGGCUCCCAGUAAUGUGUCUUUAAACUGCAAUAAAUGUGUUUAGAAAUCAGUCUGUGUGAAUAAGAUACAUUGUUCUUGCUCUAAAUUACAUUUAUAUUUUAUCAAUUGUCAUUAGUAAGUCCCCUAAAAUAUCCCAGAACAGCCACACCCCCACUUACACGCCUAAAAUGAAAGUAUCCCUCUUUGUCCAUUUGAACUUAAAAUAGAGCAGAUAAACAGAGUAUAUUUUUAGAUGCUGCCUUUUACCAGACAAAUAAAAUCCCCUUUGAAAAAACAGAAAAGAAAACCGCAAUCAUUUAAAAAAAGUCAAAUGAAAUAGUUACAUGACUUUGAACUAAUCUUGAAAUAUGCCGAUGGACUUUUUCAGCCGUAUGUAUUGCAGCUCUGUGUGGAUUUUUUCCCCCACUGAAUCCUUUUUAAAGGAUCAUUAUAGUGUCAGGAAAACAAACUUGUUUUCCUGACCCUAUAUAACCCUUAGGUCCCCCCCACCCUUGGCUUACUUUAAUACAGCGCCGGUGACCUUACCUCCUCCUCCAAUGCCAGCUCCCGAGUGGAAUGCGCAUGUGCGACCAGAGCCACAAGCGCAUUAAAACCGCCCAUCGGAAAGCAUUUCUCAAUGCUUUCCUAUGGACGUUCUGCACGCUGAAUGCGAUUUUCGCAUUCAGCGUCGCAGAAGCGCCUCUAGCGGCUGUCAGGAAGACAGCCACUAGAGGCUGGAUUAACCCUGCAAUGUAAACAUAGCAGUUUCUCUGAAAAACCUGGGGGACCUGGCACCCAGACCACUUCAUUAAGCUGAAGUGGUCUGGGUGACUAUAGUGGUCCUUUAAUACAGUGCCUUGCAUAAAUACUCACCACCACAUUCUACCAUUUGGUUUCAUACAAAAUUAUUAUUUUGUACCUUCAACAGACAGCUUGCUUUCAGAAACUGCAUAAUUCAUUUGAUGUAGUCCACAGUUAGUCACAUGACCAAAAAAUAAAUACACAUGGGGGUUCUAGUGAGUAGUUUAGAAAGGUUACGCUUUAACUUUUAUAUCUUCAUAAAACAAUUUUGUGCCUUUUGAAGUUUAAUGUUAAAGGUACGGUGUGAAAAAUGAAUGUUGAUCCAUUUUUGCUUCCAGAUUGUAACUCCUAACCUCCCAUCAGUAAAGGCCUGAACAGAAUGUAAAUUUAAUGACACCCACAAACAACUGCUAAAUAUACUGGGCUUUAGCUGUCAUAAAGCUCCAUGCGCAUUACUACUAUAUUGAGAUGUUUUUGAAAUAUUAACUGCUACUCUAACCCCCCUCGGUUUCUUUUUCGUGCAUGAUCAGUUUACCGUGUCUCCUAAAAGCCACUUCUUGUGACGUAAUAAAAGAGAACGAAAGGUGGAGAGGAAGUUUGAAGAAGGGUGUGAAAGAGCUCGGUGACUUCCUGCAGAGGCUCUGUGAGCAUUUAAAAUACCCAGUGUCUACAUUGCAGUAGGAUUCUGCUACGUUUCUUACGGUUUGACUGCAAAAGGCAGAAUCAUUAUAGAAUUGUCACUGCUUGAACUGUAUUUAACUUUGACACUACUUCCAGGAGGAAUAAUCCAAAUGGCAAAUGAUUUAGAAAAAUUUAAAAAAUGGUCAGAGUUGUGGCAACUGACAUUUAAUGUGGAUAAGUGCAAGAUAAUGCACCUUGGACGUAAAAAUCCAAGGGCAGAGUACAGAAUAUUUGAUACAGUUCUAACCUCAACAUCUGAGGAAAGGUAUUUAGGGGUGAUUAUUUCUGAUGACUUAAAGGAACACUAUAGUCACCUAAAUUACUUUAGCUAAAUAAAGCAGUGUAUAGAUCAUUCCCCUGCAAUUUCACUGCUCAAUUCACUGUCAUUUAGGAGUUAAAUCACUUUGUUUCUGUUUAUGCAGCCCUAGCCACACCUCCCCUGGCUAUGAUUGACAGAGCCUGCAUGAAAAAAAAUCUGGUUUCACUUUCAAACAGAUGUAAUUUGUAAGGACCACUAUAGUGCAGGAAAACAUACUCAUUUCCUGGCACUAUAUGUCUCACACAAGUAAGUGGCUCAAUUUUCAUGCUGAGCUCUACGGCUGGAUGGAGAGGAAGGGGUUAAACACCUCUUUCUCCGCGGGCGAGAGCUCUCCUCCUCCUCCUCUCUUGGCUGAAUGCGCCAUGCGGCAAAGGCUGCGCAUUCAGCCAGUCUCAUAGAAAGCAUUUACAAUGCUUUCACAUGGACGCUGGCGUCUUCUCACUGUGAAAAUCACAGUGAAAACAGCAUAGCGCCUCUAGCGGCUGUCAAGGGCAGCCACUGAAACUAGAUUAACCUAAAGUAAGCGUAGCAGUUUCUCUGAAACUGCUAUGUUUUAUAGAAAAAAGGUUAACCCUAGCUGGACCUGGCACCAGAACCACCUCAUUAGCUGAAAUGGUCAAGGUGCCUUUAUAGUAAUCCUUUAAAUAAUUAUAUCUCAAUCUCUAAAUUGAACUUUAAUCACAUACAGGAGGCUCUUGCAGGGUCUAGCAAGCUAUUAACAUAGCAGGGGAUAAGAAAAUCUUAAUUGAACAGAACUUGCAAUAAAGAAAGCCUAAAUAGGGCUCUCUUUACAGGAAGUGUUUAUGGAAGGCUGUGCAAGUCACAUGCAGGGAGGUGUGACUAGGGUUCAUAAAGGGAUUUAACUCCUAAAUGGCAGAGGAUUGAGCAGUGAGGCUGCAGGGGCAUGUUCUAUACACCAAAACUGCUUCAUUAAGCUAAAGUUGUUCAGGUGACUACAGUGUACCUUUAAAGAUAGGCAGACAAUGUAAUAGAGCAGCAGGAAAUGCUAGCAGAAUGCUUGGCUGUAUAGGGAGAGGUAUUAGCAGUAGAAAGAGGGAAGUGCUCAUACAAUUGUAGAGGACACUGGUGAGACCUCACUUGGAGUAUUGUACACAGUACUGGAGACCGUAUCUCCAGAAGGAUAUUGAUACUUUAGAGAGAGUUCAGAGAAGGGUUACUAAACUGGUUUGUGGAUUGCAGGAUAAGACUUACCAGGAAAGGUUAAAGGAUCUUAACAUGUAUAGCUUGGAGGAAAGACAAGACAGGGGGGAUAUGAUAGAAAAAUGUAAAUACAUAAAGGGUUAUCAACACAGUAAAGGAGGAGACUAAAAGAAGAAAAACAACAAGAGGACAUGGUCUUAAAUUAGAGGGGCAAAGGUUUAAAAAUAAUAUCAGGAAGUAUUACUUUACUGAGAGGGUAGUGGAUGCAUGGAAUAGCCUUCCAGCUGAAGUGGUAGAGGUUAACACAGUGAGGGAGUUUAAGCAUGCGUGGUAUAGGCAUAAGGCUAUCCUAGACUUAAGAUAAGGCCAGGGACUAAUUAAAAGUAUUUUGAAAUAUUGGGCAGACUAGAUGGGCCGAAUGGUUCUUAUCUGCCAUCACAUUCUAUGUUUCUAUGUUACUUCCAAUUUGUUUCACAUCCUUUUACCCCAUGUACAGUGCAUCUAAAAUUGUGCACGGUGUACAGAGGACUGUAAGACGAGGGAAGCUCUCUUCUCUUUGCACAUUGAGACUUGACCACAACCAAACCACUUUGCCAUCCUUAAAACGGUUUUACAUUUUCUGACAAAUUUUGGCCAUGUGGCAUUUCGACUCCUCCAAAUAUUGUUAAUGGUAAAAAAGGUUUGGGAAAAUAAAUCCAACAAACUAAAAGGGUGCGGAAUUGGUGAGGCCCUUAAAAUUUCUCAAACCAGCCUUGCACCUUGCCACAUCCUUGCUGCUGAAAUAAACAUUCCAUUUGUAGUGUUGGGAGGUGUGCAUAUUGAGAUCUGGUGCAAGGAAGGAUAAAUAUUAAUGCAGUUGGCAAUGUAAGAAUUAUUAUCCUGAUACCUGGAACAUAGCAAAAGGAUAACUGGAUGGGCCAGGCAGAGGAGGUGGGGGGGCCCUGGAGCAACGGUCCCUGUCUUCUCUUGUGACUCAAAGUCAAACAAGCCAGGGCCACUGUUGCAGUUACUUUGAUAAGAUGUUUUUUUCUGGUUGUGAGAAUGGCUUGCUGGCAUGGAUUUGUUCUGGUUGAAUGUUCUGUUGCAGACCGCUAAUCCUAUCACCUCUUUCAUCACACUUUGCUUUUAAUAAGCAUGGACCUCUGCAUGACUGACCUUUGAAAUGUUUGUACUCUAUACUUACUUUUUGUACUCUAAAAAAAAAAAAAAAAAAGAGUUGGAUCCUUUUUUCCUACUCGAUCAUGGCAGCCGAGGGAGGAUGUGAAGUCUUAUCACUUUGUCCCGUUGUUGUACGGAUGUCAAACAGAAGAGCAAGGGAAGCCUUAAAGUUGCUGAGUGCCCCCGUGUCUAGACCAGUGGGUUUUAACUAAUAUGCUGUGUGACACUGAUAUGCCUCAAAUUUCCUGAAUGAAAGUGUGCCACAAACACAUUGACAUCUAGACUUUAUAUGGUUGGAGUCCAUAAAAUGUAUAUUUGAAGAAUAAAAAAAAUAUGCAUCAAUUCUUUCUUUCAUUGAAGUGUGUCUUGCUCCAAAAAUGGUUGGGGGUCACUACUCUAGACAUUGGCCAGCUACGGCACCCAAAACAAGUAUGCAGACAGGAAGGGAGAACUCUGCCAGUAGUUUUCUAAGGAGCCAUCAAUGUUAAAAGGCUGUGUAGGAUUGUAUUGCACUAAACUGUCAUUUCAGGGGGUAAUGAUGCUAUAUCAAGCUUAAAAACAAGAGACAUAUCAAUGUAUUCUUCCUGGUAAAAUAAUUUGCAAAUAAAUAGCUGAUUUUUUUUUUUGUAAUGUUUUCUUUUACUGUAUGUACAUUUGAAUUCAAAGCAUGGCUCUCCAGGUACUGCCAUAUGUUUGUUACAAAUGAACUUAUUCUCGUGCUUCUGUGUGUGCAAAUUGUAAGGUUGGUAUCCUGAGAAAAUAUGCCACGCAUGUCUGCGUGCAAUAUCUCGGGAAUAUUAAUUCAUUGCUCACACUGAAAUUCAGUGGAGGUAAGUUUGUUUUAGAUUUGCCUCUAGUGAUGACUUCUGUACACAGUGGGCUUCUGGUGCAGAUUCCAUAGUUUCAAAUUCCAUCUUCACAAUUCGAAAAAAGAACCACAGUGUGUAAUCAGCACGCUCCAGUCGAAAAAACUGCUGAGAAAGCGUUGGGGUGAACGCUAAAUGCAUUCAGAACCCGAUUACUUCUCUCCCCCCCACCCCUCGCCUUCUCACAGGUACUUGGAACUAGAACUUUGAUUUUUUUCCCAGCUUUUUGUUACCUUAUUUACGAUUUCAUCACGUAGGAUUUAGGAUUUCCUAUGAGGUCUGCGAGUAUUUUUUCUACUAUGUUGUGUGUUUUUUUUAAUAAACAAAGUACCUUUGAGGAUCCACCUUGUAGCAAUGAUUUGGAGCUUACGGAUUACAAAGUUUGGUUCUUUUUUGGAAUUGUGGUGAAGGAAACCGUUCCUACUUAAUAUGUUGACAAUGUGUGCUUUGUCAUUCAUGUACCACGUAAUUUGACUGCUAUCCCUUUAUAUUUUCAGAUACUGAUGGGAAUGUGUGUCAGAGCAGUGAGUUACUACAAAUCCUGAUCACAAUGCAUGGAUUCCUGAUCCCAUCUUCAGACCUGCUUAGCAGGCUCCGGACAUUAUAUCCUUUUAAUUGCAGAUCAUGGGCAAUAUCUUGAACCAUUUCUUUGCUGGAUGAUAUUACAUGUGUUUGGAAUAUCCCACAAUUUGCUUGCAUUCCAUUCAUUGACUUAAAAAUGUACAGUAUUUGUGUGCGUGGCUUGUUUUAAAAAAAAAAAAAUUUGGUACAAUUAUAAUGGGAUCAGAAUAUGCUCCACUUACUGCGAUCAAAUCCAUUGUUUGCAAACAUAGCAUAUAUCCAGAUUUGUGGAUAUUACAUAAAACUACUCACUGUUGUACAAACAGUUUAAGGUCCAGGCAUUGGUAAUAUAAGUGUGCAUUAAUAUGUUCAUUUGAAACAUAUUUAACCGAAAUACGGAAAUCUUCUGAAAUAGAUUGUGAUAUAAAAGUAUCAUGAAAACUUGUAUGACAUCUUUAUUUUUAAUAAAUAUUUAGAGUUCAUGUUGACCCCUACAUAAUUCAAACACACACCUGGAUUCUGAUUGAUCUGUGCUUAUUUUAUACAUCCCUGUAUAAGGGAGGCUGCACAAAGUGUACCAGGCCAUAGAACAUCGUAUUCAUAUGGAUUUAAUUAUUUUUUGAAAAUUAAGAUUUAACAGAAUCUGGAUACCUACCAAGGAAAUUAUUAAAUCAAUAUGAUCUGCAUCUGAUAUAUAGUGUGUAUGUAUACCGUAUUCGAUAGCGCGCGCUCUCUCUCUCCCUCUCCAUAUAUACAUAUAUAUAUAUAUAUAUAUAUAUAUAUAUCUAUAUAUCUAUAUCUAUAUCUCAGGCAAGAUGUGAGCAUAUUUAUAUGAACUAUAUAUGCAAUUGGUUUUCCCUUAACGCAACGUCCCAACAUAUCAGGAUUCUAUGCAGAAGAGAUCGCUGCUUUUCUGUCUCAAAAUAUGCUAUUUUGUAAGGUAAGGAAUAUACAAAAAUGAUUCUUAUUUAAUCAGUAUUAAGACAUUUGUGUUUUUAGUUUGUAUUAAUUGCUGUACAGUAGUCUAGAAUUCCUGAUUUAAUUCCAUUCUGUUUUUAAACGGCUCUACAAUAUUUGGCAAUGACAGCCCAGGCCAUCUACGGUUCAACAUUUAAAAAAUUGCAUAGAGUGCCAACUAACCGUAUAAAUGGUGGUUUAAAACACUAUUGGUCUAGGGAAAUGAGAAUCCCUAGCCAGCUUACACAAACCCAUAUAUAUUUCCUAUUUCUAUACGUCUUUUUUUCUGUAUAGGAAGAUUAUUUUUGUUGGUAAUGUCUUCUAUAUCCUCUCCAGCAUGUGCUUUGAAAAAAUGCUAAAUAAUUAUUUUGUUACUGUCUUUAGAUAUUGGCUUACGGAACUCUGGAUCAUGUUCAAGGUGGAUUCUAAGCUCACACAGACUAUGGAGGAGUUUCAAGACCUUGUGAAAAACCAAGGAGAUGAGUCUCACUGGCGUCUGCUUGACACUUCCCAAAUGUGAGUGAUUUUUCUGUGAUACUGAAAAGGUGGAGUUCCUAUGUGUGGAGUUGUUAUACUAAUAGACAACCUGUUUCUCUGUUUUUGAAUUGCCUUUUAGAAACUCUCGUGAUUGGUCUAGAAAAUUGACUCAGAGAAUGAAACCCAACUGUAGCAAGAAGAGGAAAGUAUCUCUGCUGUUUGACCAUCUGGAGCCAGAAGAACUGGCCGAACAUCUGACCUAUUUGGAGUAUAAAUCCUUCCGCAGAAUCUCUGUGAGUGACCAUUGUCUGUUGUAGAUUGUAAACCAACAGGUGUAAUGUCUGUUACGCAGUUAUUAAUAAUGUACCUUGCUUUCCUACCAGUCUCUAAUUUGCCUUGCUUCUGGCAUUGUGACAAGCACACUAGCACACCUAAUAAAAAAAAUAAUGAUAGAAUUUCAGAUUUAAGAUUAUAAUAGCUCAACUGGAAAAAAAUAUUCUUCCAGUUUGGCUACUUUAGCCUUAGUUUGAAAUCCUGACCAUUCUCACGUAAGUGAAUAACCUUGUGAAGUUACAUCUCAUUAGAAUUUUUUUUCCCUUCAGUUUUCUGAUUUCCAGAACUAUAUCACAAAUGGCUGUGUGAAAGAUAUCCCAACCAUGGAACGCUCUAUUGGUUUGUGUAACGGAAUCUCUCAGUGGGUUCAGCUAAUGGUUCUGAGCAGACCAACUCCACAGCUUCGUGCUGAGGUCCUCACCAAAUUCAUUCACGUGGCGCAAGUGAGUGUUAUAGUAAAAUCCUGACACAUUGCACACACUCUUCUAAUUUUUCUUUAUCUGUCUUAUCUCUGAGUAUCUUGUGUACAUUUUAUGUUUACCUUUCUGACUGGUCUGUAUUUUCUUCUCUUUUUAUCUGUAUGAUCUACCUUUUGCAUAGUUUUUAUAGUCACCAAAUCUAAUUGGAGUUGUGGUAUUUUCAUUCCUGUAUUUAUUUAAAAAAAACAUUCUGCCUGUCUCUAUCAAUAAGUGUCACUAUUAGCAUGGCCAAGGCCCUAGUCAAGUAAAGGUUGUGGAGCCAUGUCAUAUACCCAAGCCCCCAAAUCACACGUUUCCCUUAAUUUCCUACCUUCUGCCCUGGACCAGACGUCUCUCAUCCUACCUUAUUAAAGAGCUCUUUGGACAAUAUCUGAGCAGUGAGAGAGGUCUGUGAGAGAAAUGUAUCACCUCUAAUACCAGUCACUCUACUAUCAGAAGAAAAGUCCAACCGUUCUCUACGUAGUGGCUCAUGAACGAAAUUUACAUUUACCACAAUACUGGAUAACCUUACAUGCAAAAAUAUAAGAACUGCAAACUAAAGCUUCACAAUCUAUAUAUUUUUUUGUGUGUGUGGAAUGAGACAUCUAUGAAUUAUUACAUAUUGUGUUCUCAUUCUGAAACCGAUAUUUGAUUUCUCUUCACAGAAACUUCAACAGCUACAAAAUUUCAACACCCUGAUGGCGGUUGUUGGAGGUCUUUGUCACAGUUCUAUCUCCAGACUCAAGGAAACCAGUGCUUACAUACCUCAUGAAGUCAGCAAGGUACGUCCAACUGGGACUCGACAAAUGUUGAAUAUACAUGAUGAUAGCAUGUUUUGUCAAGGUUUACAUGUAAAUAGUGUAAUAUAUUACCAAUAACAUGCUUGUCGGGUUCAGACCAUACAGUACAAAUAAUAGUUAUUAAUAGUUAGCAAUACAACAUAAUCGGAAAUUCAACUCAUGAGCUUUGUAGGUUGUUUUGUCUUUAAGGCUGUCGACAAGUGUCCCAUCAACAAAUCUUUUCUUAAAGGACCACUAUAGUGCCAGGAAAACAUACUCGUUUUCCUGGCACUACAGUGCCCUGAGGGUGCCCCCACCCUCAGGGGCCCCCUCCCGCCCGGCUCUGGAAGGGGGAAAGGGGUUUAAACUUACCUUUUUCCAGCGCUGGGCGGAGAGCUCUCCUCCUCCUGGGCCGAAUGCGCACGCGCGGCAAAAGCUGCACGCGCAUUCAGCCGGUCACAUAGGAAAGCAUUCAUAAUGCUUUCCUAUGGACGCUUGCGUCUUCUCACUGUGAAAAUCACAGUGAGAAGCACGCAAGCGCCUCUAGUGGCUGUCAAUGAGACAGCCACUAGAGGAUUAGGGGGAAGGCUUAACCCAUUCAUAAACAUAGUAGUUUCUCUGAAACUGCUAUGUUUAUGAAAAAAUGGGUUAAUCCUAGCUGGACCUGGCACCCAGACCACUUCAUUAAGCUGAAGUGGUCUGGGCGCCUAGAGUGGUCCUUUAAGAUUUUACUUUUUAAUGUGACCUGGCUAACUAAUAACUUUAUCCCUUACAGGUCCUUAAUGAGAUGACCGAUCUGCUGACCUCCUGUAGAAAUUAUGACAAUUACCGGAAAGCCUACAGUGAGUGCAACAAUUUCAAGAUUCCCAUUCUUGGGGUACAUUUGAAGGACCUCAUUUCAAUGCAUGAAGCCAUGCCAGAUUAUCUGGAAGAUAAGAAGGUUAAUGUGCUCAAGCUGCACUCUAUGUUUAACCAUAUUAAUGAACUCGUCCAGCUACAAAACAUUCCUCCACCUCUGGAUGCCAACAUGGACCUCGUGCAUUUACUCACAGUGAGUCUAAAGACCUAACUGGGGAAACAGGGACUUUGUCUCAUGGAAAAGACAGGGAUUUGGGACAGUUUAACAGAAUGGUAGGUGGCCUCUUCUGACUGCAAAUGUUAUAAGAAACGGCAAAUAUAAAAGUGGAGAAAGGAUAGGAGAACAAUGGAGAUUUUUAUUUAGCCACCAUUUAUCAUAUUUUAAAGGGAAACUAUGAAUUACUGAGAUUUUCAGAUUAUGUUUACAUAUCCCUGUAUUAAAUAAAUAUAUAUCUGUGAGGAGUGAAAAUGAAUUACAAAAGGUGAGUUUUACUUACCUGAACAUGUCUCUCGCGGGCACCACCACCAUCAUCUUCCUGCCUGUCCUCUUUUGCUCCUGGUGCUUCAGCUGUGCUCUCACACAUGUGCAAUAGAGCCAAUUCCCCGUCGAUGGCUGGGCAUUGACACUUCUUGAUGGCAUUAGUCAAGUGGAGGAAAAAUACUCUCCACUGACAGAGUUAGAAUUUCCGCUUUUAUCUCAUUUUGCAGGUACGGUGACCGUGCCUUUUUAAAACAAUCUAGGUCAUGUUGACUGGCUGUCAAUUGGCAAGAGUUUUACAAGAAUAGACUAUUCUCCUGCACCUUGUCCCUUCGUCUCCUACAGUCUUGUGUAACUUCUUCAAAGUGGGUCAGGGGAUAAGUUUCAAGACACCAGUGCCUUUCCCUUUUACUCACACAAGAAUGGAGAUUUACCGGGUUAUUCAUGUUGGGAAUUGCACAUUUAACUUAAAAUACCUGGAAAAAAAGCAACUCUGCUCUUUUUCUGGCUCGGUAGCUUUGGUUUCAAAAUUACUAAUGAUCUAAACCAGUGCCCCCCUGGACACCCUGCACACUAACUUGUGACCCUUAGGUCUUUGAUGGAAAAGCCCUCAGUAUAACAGAAAGCGUGUAGGAUCUUUUACAUGACUUGAUUAUAUAAAGACCAACCUUCCUUCCAUCCUUUGAUUCUAAUAGCUCUACAAUGGAAAGCUGGUGUAAUCUUACUAAUCCUUGUUUUCUGUUGUACCUUUUAGCUUUCUCUGGAUUUAUAUUACACCGAAGAUGAAAUGUAUGAGUUAUCGUAUGCACGGGAGCCAAGGAAUCAACGAGCACCAGUAUGUGAAACCUUAUUUCAUAUGAAACCUAUCGUAAUUAUAUUGAUGGCAAUAGAAAAACAGAUUCUCAUAGAAUAUAGUCAACAUUUUAUCCAUUUGGUUCAUUGGUGUUCUUUCUAAAACCAUAGCCUCUAUUCGCCCUCGUUCUGAAGGGUUAAGCCACCUUUAUUUGACUUGUGUCGUUAAUUUUAUCUAAGAAUCGCAAGAACUCUUGCCUGACCCAGAUUGGUAGAACGACUGUACAUCUGUUGGGAAUGAGGUGAAAUAUGAGUGUGAAAAGAAGACAUUUAUAGUAGCUGUAUCUCAGCAGUAUUCUCUCACCUGUACAAACAGUUAUAAACUGAGAUCUGUCACAUUAGAUUAUAGCCCUGGCAUAUUCUAAAAAAGUCCGUCAUUUGCAGUGCAGUAUGAGUUUCCUGUACAAGCUGAUGAUAAUGCAACAUUGACAAUUCAAGUUGUGUUAUUAUUAAAGGGAAGAUGCAUAGUGAUUGUUCAUUAGCAAUACCCAGAAUUCCUUGCAACAUUUUGACGUCUCCGUAACGAAUCCGUUUUCUAGCACUUCCAAAUUUUGCUGGUAAUGCAUGAGUAUUUAUUUGGGGAUCAUCACACUACUGAUUUUUAUGUAUAAAGCAAUUCAUACUUUUAUUCUGUAUUUAUGCUGUUCUUAAUCAUUAUUACAAGAAAAUAUAUACAAUUGUUACUUAUGAGAUUAUAACUUGCUGUACUGGGCUUUCUAAGGAAUGUGUUCAUUCAUUGACAUCUCUCCAUGCAGCCAGCAACGCCUUGCAAGCCACCAGUGAUGGCAGACUGGGCGUCGGGAGUGUCCCCUAAACCGGACCCCAAAACAAUAAGCAAACAUGUUCAGAAGAUGGUGGAUGUAAGUACCAUGUUCUAGUCUGUCUGCCUGAUUACCCAGAAUACACAGUACAUGUAUGUUGUCUAGAAUGUAUAGGACUUUAUUUUCUCGCCAUCUUUCUCUGAAUUAUAUCUUAGGUAGUUACAUAUUGGAGUGUAACGUUAGAAGGAACCUGGACUCCCCAACAUAAACAAAAGAUACAAAGACUUAGAAAGAACAAUGGAUACAAUUUCAGUGUCCAGAUUUAUGUAUCAAUAAGAUUUAAACCAAGGAGGUGUUGGUAUUUGAUGCACUGAUGCUCAGCUAGUUUAGUACUAAUGUGGGAUUACCAGUUUGAGGAUACCAAAUUAGGGUGCUAUUAAAGGGACUCCAAUGCCAGGAAUACAAACCCAUUUUCCUGGCACUGCAGGAUCCUGUAGUGCCCCCCAAACCCCUUCAGCUGCUUACCUGAAUUCUCCGCCGAUGUCCCUCGGCGCUGGGUCAGGCUCUGCCCAUGCUUCUCUGACGUCGGCGGGGGAGAUCCAAUGCACAUGUGUGGCAAUGGCUGCACGUGCAUUAUACCUCUCCAUAGGAAAGCAUUAUUUAAUGCUUUCCUAUGGGGAAAAUCUGACGCUAGAAGUACGUGAGGACCUCCAGCGUCAGAUAACGGACCAAAAGUCCAUUAGGAUUGUUAGACAGCAACAGAGGGCAGACUUAGAGUUGCAAUGUAAAUGUUUUACAUUGCAGCACUAAGUGCAAAAGGGGCACAGCACCCAAACCACUUCAAUUAGCUAAAGUGGUCUGGGUGCCUGGAGUGUCCCUUUAAGUAGGCCACAUGUCUAAAUUAAGGAUACCAAAUACUCUGUGCCCUAAUUUUGAAAUCCAACAUAAGGGUUCCAAAAUAGGAGAGCUACCUACUAAACAGCACCCUAAUUACAUACCCUUGAUUAUGGCAAUCUGCUAAAUGGGUGAAAGAUCAAAAUUAAGGGGGGGUGGAGAAAGCCAAAUUAUUUUUAUCUAUUCGUUCAGAAACCUUAUGGUUUAGGUAAUUUUGGAUGCUGCCAAAUUUCAACCAUUUCAUUGUUUAAAUAUGAGCGGAUACUGACUAUUAAAAAAGUAGUUUAUCAAAUACAUCUCAUGAAAAUCCAUUGCAAUGUAGUAUCAUACACCUUUAUUGACUGAUAAAGCAACCAUAAUGAAUUCUUUUUUUUUUUUUUUUAUACUUUGUUCAGUCUGUCUUUAAGAAUUAUGAUCUGGAUCAGGAUGGAUACAUAUCUCAGGAAGAUUUUGAAAAAAUAGCAGCCAGCUUCCCAUUCUCAUUCUGUGUCAUGGAUAAAGACAGGUAAGAAUAUAUUUGUGAAUGUUGUACAGCACUACGGAAUUUGCUGGCACUAUAUAAAUAAUAUAUCAGAAUUGUUCUAUAAAAGUCAAUCUUUUUAAUAAUGUGCUCUUAUAAUAAAGGUUAAUAUUUAGAAUUACAGUUUGAACAUGCAAUAUUAGGAGUCAACCUUUUUUUAUCAGGAGGUGUGUGUGUUCUAUAAAGAAACUCACUGAUAUAUAGAAGUUUAUUGCAGUGAAUAAGAUCAGUUCAUCGUUUGUAGUCGAUAUAUCAGUCAUUAAUGCUUUAGAAAAAUCUAACUUGAUCAUAUCUAGACCAGCUUGAUCUAUAAUUUUACUCACCUGUUCAUAGAACAUAGUUUGAAGUGAUCUUUACUUCAUAAAACCACUGCUUAUAUAAAUGUUUGUUCAAACUGUGUUUCUAAAUAUUUUUCCUUAAAGGAACAUCCCAAACACUAUAACCACUACAGCGUGAUGUAGUGGUUAUGGUGCUAAGAGUGCCCCAGGUGCACCUCCCCCACACAUGUAAGUAGUCAUAUAAUUUGUGCCAGAGAGAGCCUAGUAUGAGCUUCCAUUGGCUGUCCAGGUCCAGUUCAAUGGCUUAAGGUUUCAGCUGCUCACUCGCAGCCAAUGAGCAAAGUGCUGCAUCACUUUUAUUGGCUCAGAGCUAAAAGCUUCUGGCUCUAAUUCAGGCAGCAAAUGGGGCUCGGCCGAAAGCAGGUAAGAAAUGAAAACAUUAGCGAACAGCGCUGUAGUGGUUAUAUGCUUGGAGCCUUUCUUUUUAAAGGAACACUCUAAACACCAAAGCCACUACAUCUUCAUGUAGUAGUUUUGGUGCAUGGAAGCGGUGUCCUUUUCUAUGACAAUGCAAAACAGAAAUGUUAACAUUUUACCCAAAACAUGCCUCUAGUGGCUUUCAGUAGAGGUGCUUCUUCCUUAACGUCAAAAAGCAAAAGUCUUUAAAGGAUAAGUCCUUUAGCUUGCCGAACUGCUUUGGGUGUUAAGUGUCUCUUUAAAAAAAAAAAUAUAUAUAUUUCUUCCAUUUUACAAAAAGUGCAGAUUUCAAUAGAAAUUUACACUUUUAAAUAAAUUAUACUAAUUACACCUCUCCUGGAUGUCAGACACCAGGCCCUGUUACUUUCUGGUUUGGUUAGCUUAGUUGCACUGAACUCAAGGUAGCAAUUGCCCAGAGCCUUGCACUGACUUCUCAUUGAGGUGCAUUGGGAAGUAUGUGAUUGGACAGACACAGAAAGUCAGGGGAGGGUUAGAAGGGGAGGGCUUGCAAAGGCAGCAGACAGGAGAGGUUUUGUAAGUGGUUUUAGAUACAUCCCAAAAGAAAAAAUGCAUAAUUAUAUGCAUGCAAGUUUUCAUUUGGAGUAUAUCUACCAAACAGUGACUUUCAUUUAUUUUGGAGCAGUAGGGUGUCCCUUUAAGUUCACUGUCAUCACACACCAUGAUGAUGCUAAGUACUGUUAAUGCAUAUCAUAGAAAAGCAUUGUGAAAAGGUUUAUUAAAAAGACAGACACUUAACAAAAAAACAAAAUACAAUGGAGGACGUGUCACAUACUGCUAUCAUAUUGUCAUAUCUUUACAGGGAGGGCCUGAUCAGCAGACCAGAGAUCACCGCAUACUUUAUGCGAGCCAGCUCUAUCUGUUCCAAACUUGGGCUGGGAUUUCUCCAUAACUUCCAAGAGACCACAUAUCUACGCCCAACAUUCUGUGACAACUGUGCUGGAUUUGUGAGUAUUCAAGCUUUAUAUGUUUCCCCGUAAUAAGAUCUACCAAGUUUAGUUUGAAGGAAUUUAACAUACCCGUCCCAUCAUUACUUACAGGUCUAUUUUUUAUUUAUUUAUGCAACUUCUACAAUGGGUGUAUAUGCUGACAAAUAUGGGCUGAGAGGUGAACUGGAACAGGCCUUUUAAAUUCAUCAUGCCUCUAGCAAAUUGGAAAAUUAACCUGGUCAUUACCUUUUUACGUGUAGCAAAGACCCCUUUGAUACUUGAAAGAGUGUGAUGAUGGUGAUAGAAUUACUGUAUAACAUAAUGGGCUGCUGAGCGAACUGUACAAUUGAACAAUAGGUCACCAAACUAAUGCCGUGUUAGUAGUCUUUAUGAAAAACGGUUAAGUACCAAGUACCGGUUAGGGGCAAACUAUGCUUUACCAUGAGCCGACUCAACAUGGCCCUGUACACGCUAAAUAAAUGGGGAACGUGUUUCAAGGACUAGAUUGGGAUAAUGGUACUGAUUGCCAUUGGUACUUAAGGAAAUAACAAACCUAAGGCAAUAAAAGCUUUGGGUUACAGAAAUGUGGAGAAAAAGUGGUUGUCCUUUAUAAUGAAUUUAGUUCCUAGUUUUACUCUCGAGUCAAGCCAGUACUACAGCUCUUAUCACAUUAGUGCAGAUAGAUUAUGGUAACAAACAUUAAUACUUAGUGACUAGAAACAUGAGUGGCUCAGAAAGGACUGUAGGGUCAUCUGGACUUCUAGUAGUAUUCUUACAGUAGCCACCUGAUAUUGCCUUGCUCAGUGGCCGAUAUAAUGGUUUUUCAUUUGUCAUAUGCUAGGCUGUCCUGGCACAGCCAAGGCAUAUAAUGCAAAUGAAUGUAAAAACCAUAGCCCUAAGCAUACUCUGAGUAGACUAGCAUUCAUGCCAUAACAGGAAUACUCAAGAGUGCAGAGGCACUUUUCAAGCUGAUGCCCAGGCACACUAGUCCCUAAUAUUGUCCAAAUUCAAAAGUGGUCUUAUGCUUCCCUUUGCUGCACUCCUCAUCUUGGUAAAAGCUUCCCUGUUGUUUAGUAGGCUAAUAGGGUAAGUGACAAACCCUCUUCAAAGGUGAUUAUGUUAUGAAUUCAUGUGUAUCACAGUGCUUUGUUCACCUAGGCUCAAAUGGGCUAUUUGUGUAGUUUGUUAUUUGAGGGCUUACUGAUCAAUCUAAAAAUACUUUACUUACCAACCCAGCCGAAGUUUUCUUGCUCAACCAGAAUGGUUUACAGGACAAAAAUAUCUUUAUUGCUGUAGAAACGGUUAUUUACUACAGUGUACAAAGUAUAUUUUAAAUUGGAGGCCAAAAUAGCCAAUCUAAAACAUUCAGUAGUUUCAAAUUCAGAUAAUUUGGCAUUAAAUUUGAAGUUCACUUUUAAUUCAGUUUUGAACCGCUGACACUCCCCACUUAGUGACCAACCUUGAAUGCUGUCAGUCAUGCAACUUUAGGACUGCUGUGAUUGUGGCCUUUUAAUAAUAGCCAAAUUCUGGUGGGUUAUUGGUUUUAUAUUCACCAAAGUAAUUAAAAAUCGCACAUGCUUUGGACAUAUCUAUAUAAAUAAAUAUUAUUGCCAUUUAUAUAGCAGCAGCUCUCAGAAAUAAUUAUUAAGUGGGAAAUUGUACAAUAGAUGAGAUAAUUACACAUUUUUACAGGAACAAUCGGUUGAUGAGGACCCUUCUCAAAUGACUUUACAAUGUAGAGGUCGCAGGUUGCCAUAAAGCAGAAAUGCCCAAAAGGUAGAUCCCUAGAGGUUUUUAAACAGCUUCCAUGACGCUUUGUCAUUCUAAAGACAUGCAAAUCAUUAUGGUAGUUGUAGUUCUACAAUAUCUGGGCUAUACAGUUAUUUAUCCGAUAAAGUGUAAGUGCAAUUGGCCUUUAGUCUGAAUGGGGUUUAGCAUGCAUUAUUUGUUACAUACGGACAUACAAAUAUGGUAGAAUUUUUUGCUGUCUGAGUUUAAACACAUUUAGAACAGAAUGAUAAUGUUAAAUCUCUUCUGUCUUACAGCUUUGGGGCGUAAUCAAGCAAGGAUACCGAUGCAAAGGUUAGUAUUCUGUAGUAUUUUCUUUCAGAUACUGAAGAUUGCCACUCUAUCCAUAUGUGCUUCUUGACAUCUGGUUUGAAACUUGGACAAGAAACACAUUUGAGAGUUGUCAAUUUCAAACCAAAACCUCAGUGAUUGUAUUUGAAUUCUCUUAAAUCUACAUAGAACGCAACAGACCUACACAUUUUCUACCAUUAGAUGUUCUGGCCAGAGUCCAUGAACUCAUUGUAACAGCUGCUGUUGUACAGAGCUGCAAAAGGACUGAUCUAACUGCAAUAUCUUUUGUGUUUCUUCAGAUUGUGGGAUGAAUUGCCAUAAACAGUGCAAAGAGUUGGUGGUGUUUGAAUGCCAUAAGAGAUCUAAACCUUUUAUGGGAGACAGCAGUUCCUCAGCCGAGAAUGGCCAAACCAAUAUUUUCCCUAUGGGCAGCAAAGAAUCCUCAAAUGGCAAGUCAUUUUGGAUUGAACAUCCUCCCUUCUUUAGAUGAGUAAUGUUGGUAAAAUUCUGAGAAAAUAAUGUGUUAAGUUUUUUUUACCGUGGAGAAAUUUGCUACAAGAUAAGAUUUACAGACAACCAGCUUGUCAUAUCUACUUAAAUAGCACAGACUGUGCAUAUUUUGGCACACAUUCAGCAUACAUAAAGGACCAGCAUAUCCUCAAUAUCUAAAGAAUCAGGUCUGGGAUGUGACACGGAAUCUUUUUUUUUUUUUUUUUUACUUUAAUGAGCAGACACAUUAAAUAAAAAGACAAAACAAAACACUACAGCUCAAAACAAGUCAUUGAGGUAGGUUAUGGGCAAAUGAAGAUGGUAGAUGAAAGGUGGGCUGUUUCUUAUUAUGCAUAUCAUUGUUCUAGAACAGGUGUAGGCAACCUUUGGCAAUCCAGAUGUUUUGGACUACAUCUCCCAUGAUGCUUUGCCAGCAUUAUACAUCUGGAGUGCUGAAGGUUGCCUACACCUGUUCUAGAACAUGCAAAAACUAAGCAAAUGUUAAAUGUAAGUUUGAAUUACAAUUCCAGAAAAACAGCUUAGAAAACUUAUUUCUAACAUACAGUUUAAUUUCUCAGACGGCGUAGGUGCUGAUGAGGAAUCCUUUUCAUACGUAAAUGGAGACAAUGACCACAAUGAGAUCAGCAAGGACCGUACACUCGUGCUCAUGGGAAGUUCUUCCCAGAAGAUCUCUGUGAGGCUGCAACAAUCUGGAAAUCACAAAGAGACACAGACGGAUGCUGAGCCAACAAGUCCAUAUCUACAGAUACCCUCACCCUGCUGGAACCAAUCGCCAGAUCCUACAUACCUCUAUCCAUCCUUCAGCCCAAAUCCAUCACCUUGUCCCAGUCCAGUACUUGUCAGGAAGAAGGCCUAUGCCAAAUGGGAAAACAAGGACUCUAUUCGUAAAGCAAGAGAGGAGGGGAAAGCCGCUAAAUCAAUGGUUCAAGAGUUGGAGCAGGUAUGACACUGACUCAUGAUAAACUAGAUACACUGACAGAGUAAGAUCAAGGUAUUUUCAAGUUACCUGGAGAAGGGAUGAUUACAAUGGCAAGGGUGUGCUUUUUCUUUUUCUCAAAUUGAACGAUUUGGUGAAAACAAAAAAAGUGGGGCACAACCCCAUGGCCUUCUUACAAUGUAACUACUAGAUGCAGCUGAAGUCUUCAUGGUGCAUAGAAUGCCCCUUUAAACCCUCCUUUUGUGCACUGUUCAUCACUCAGCAGCAUCCCGCAUCUCUCAAAAUCGGUAUCCUUUAAACCCUCCCAUGUGUUACUGUACAUAGCUCUAAGCUGCAGAGCUGCACAAGUAAUUAAUCAGGGAAAAGGAUGACGUAUAAAAGUCUGAGACAUAAUUGCAGGCUAUAAUAGCAGCAUAUAAAGUCCCAUCAAAAACUGCAAUUAUUACAAAUGCAGGGUUAAGGGGACAGGGAUAGUGCACCCAGACCACUUCAAUGAGCUGAAGUGGUUUUGGUGCUUAUAGUGUUCCUUUAACCCCUUAAGGACACAUGACAUGUGUGACAUGUCAUAAUUCCCUUUUAUUCCAGAAGUUUGGUCCUUAAGGGGUUAAAGGAUUUUCCCGGGUUUUAAACUGUUAUAUUUACUGUAUAUUUUUGCAAUCCGCUAGCAUUUUGCUUACCUCAAAACAUCAGCAGAUUCCUGACAUAUCUAUUAGCAAGGUAUCUCAUUGAAAGACUUUUCUAAUUUCGCACCUGGCACAUAUUCUAGAACGUAUACAUGCCUACGUACAUUUCUGAUGCUGUGAUAAGGAUUGCAAGACAAAGCAUAGCAUGUCAGAUCUAUUUGUUCCAUGUUCAAAUUGUAUAAAGUAUGACAAAUGAGAUGGUGUAAAAAAUUAUUGGAGGUAUCCCUGAAAAUGGUCACUCUGACCUUAUUUCAGGGGUAGCUGUAAUACAGUGUUUUAAUUACUUAAUAAAUUACCAGAAAAAAUAAAAAUUUGCAAAAAGCUUUAAAAGAGGUCACCUCCACCACUGUCUAGUACCCAUCUAAACUGAAUUCUUUUUUUGUUUCCAAAUCUUAAAGGAACGAUCAAUUCUGCAGGAAGAAAACAUAGCUUUGAAGGUUCAACUGAAAGACGCACAGAGACGAAUUGAAACUUUAAGGGCAGAGCUCCGAAAGUAUGUAUUGGACAAUGAACCGCCCGGAAAAUAAGCAUGGCUGCAAGUCGGAGACUGGAUGUCUACCAAGUACAAUUGCUGGAUUUGCAAAUUUGCGCAAAGGCAAGAGCUGCAGCUAAAUGACCAGUUAUUUUGUCACAACCCAUCUUUUUGUGUACGCACGUCUAUUCUAACUGGUAAAUCUAGCUAGGAGUGGAGAAACCACCACGUCUUACAACAAAAACUGCAUUCAUAUUAUGUGUGCUAACAGACUACGAUGGUUUGAGUCUCUGCUUGUCGAGUGGUCUGAUGACUGUUUCUAUUACUUAUUGAGCUAGAAUUCAGAAAGGUUUACUCUGUAUGGUGCAUUCUGUGUUCCUUAGUGUAUAUACCAUUUCAGGCUGAAUUUGUGUUAAUAUACUCUGGAGUUUUCAGGGAGUCUCCUUUGAUACACAGUCAUGUGCUGAAGUACAGUCAAGGGCGUACGUCAGGUUUCAGCUAUCUAAAAAGAUAACCAAAACCUAGCUUGUGUUUACACAUUUCUCCAGUAAGUUAUAGGAUUAGUAGAAGAAAUGUAUAAUUCAGAAAUUCAUUUAAUUCUUAGUUUGUCACCCUGUCAUGUGCAUUGCUAGUCAGACUAAAGGAUGAACCUGUUUAUUGUUGCUCUGCCUGAUCAGUUAUCAAGCAUUCUUAAACACAGUAACAGAUUUAAGAUGGAAUCCUCAACAAAAAUGUUAACUUUGUAGUAAGUACAUAACAGAAUCAGUGACAUCUAUAAAGCGACAAACGUUAGCUCCAGCUCUCAACAGCAUCUAUUAACCAGGGUAGCCUAAAAGCCUCUGCUUAGAAAGUAGUCCAGGAAAAGCCUGAGAUGCCACGUUGCAUUGCAUGGUUUUAGAAGAUGCUGUGCUGCUACACGUCACUGAACCAAUUUAUGUAUAUGGUGUACAGUUUUAUAUAUGUGUAUAUUGUGUUUUUAUGUGCCUAUUUAUAUAAAAAGCCAUGGACAUAGUUUUGCAUUGUGUUCUACAUUCAGAGAUUGGGCUAUCCACAAAAACAAAACUGACAAGACAAAAAAAAUAAAAAUAAAAAAAUGCCUUUGGCAACUUUUCAACCCUAACCAGAUUUUGUUUUUGAGGGCAUGUUACUAUAACAUGGAAGUGCAAAACACCAGACAUCCAUGUUUAGCACACUUAGACAUGUGUGACUAUGUUCUAUUGCUUUCUCUCAAAUGAACAAACUGACAGUGUUAAUCUGAAACGAGAAAAAUAAGACAUUUACACCGGGCUAGUUGGUAGGUCUGUAACUACAAUGAGAAUAAGUGGUUAUAGUGCCUGGAGUUCCUGGGUACUGUCCUGUCAUUCAUUGUAAAUGUUUUAAAACUAAAUAUGGUUCCCUGGUAGAACAGUACCGCUCUACUGCUCGGGUUAAUGCUUCCAACAUUAGCCUGAGUAGUGAUGGGUGCCAGUGAAUGGCUGAAAGUGAAUCACAGCUCCUACUGUUGGUAUGAAUUGGCAUGGCUAUGGUAGAGUGUAAUCUCCAUCUUAACUAUUGACUCCAGACACUAUAACCACUUCAGUGGCACAAAGGGGUUAUAUAGUGCCUAUAAAAUCUGUAUAAGGGCUUCAACGAACAGUUAACUUGUUACUUUUGUGAGAUAAGGAUGGGAUUAAAUGUGUGAUCUCAAAUUCUUAAAGAAAUAAAUAAACGCUGAAACUGACACUGUAUGUAUUGUAUUCAAAUUGUUCCUGGGAUUUGGCGUAAUCUAUAUACAACAGUCUUAAAUCUGAUUGGUCAUAUACUUAAUUAAGCAUAGAAAAUGGUCAAAUGAUGUAUAAAUGUUUUAAAAAAUACAACUGUCAUUAUAUAUUCAAAGUUUCUCCAAAAAAUUAGGAACUACUAAUCCUAAUUGAACUCGCUAACUAAAAUAAACAUUAACAUAAUAAAGAUCAUUUUUUAUGCUUUAAUAAGUAAUCAUUCUGUGACAUGUCUAAGUUUGAUAUCGUUAUAGGUGUAACAAUGUAAUUGCACAAACCUCUCUAGCUACUCAAUAUGUUUAGGGCCAAACAAACAAAAGCCAGAAUCCCAAACAGAAUUAGUUAAAUAUAAAACAAAAUGUAUCAAGAUAAGAACAAUCUCACUCCUGGCAAUAAAGGAAAUGUAGUCUGAACUGACAGAUGCCCUUUUAAUGUUUGUCUCCACGAGAUCUAUUUCACACAGAUCAAAAUUAAAACAUUAGAAAAUCAUUUAGUCAGAAAUACCAAAGAAUUUAUAGGAGAAAAAUAUCACUUAAAAUACAGUCUUUCUGAAAUUGUAUUCUCUAAUUGGCAGUAUUUUCUUGACAGUAUGGUGCCAGGGAUUCAAGGUACUACAACUCUUAAAAGAGAUGAAGUGGUUAUAUUGUGCUUUUAACACCAAGCUAUUUAAUGGCUACUGGUUUUACAUAAAUGUACUUUUUUUUUUUUGAAUGUACGUUUGCCAUGUUCACAUAUAAUGCAUUCUAAACUUUAGACUAGAGCUUCUUUACCCAUAAGUGUGGACCUGAAAGUCAGUCCAGGAAAAGCCGGAGAUUUAAGUGGGUCCAUUUGCAAGUAAACAACAUAUUCAUCAGGUCUCUCAUGACUGCUCACAACUGAGUUUAAUACUUAAACUUGGUAUCACUCCUUUCACUAGUGCAAGGCCGAUACUGAGGAGAUAUAAUUUGGGGGUAUUGCAAAAUUUAUUUUUUUUUAUCUUAAUUACAUUCAAAAUGAAGCUGGGCAUAAAUUUUUAAAUGAUACACCCCUAGUCAGGCUUUAAAUGUUACUAUUCACCGCAAGCCAAGUUACAGUCACCAAUGCCUGGUGGAGUGGAAAUUUUGAGCCUUGUUUGAAGAAUGGGUCGCGCCAAGUACAUCAUUUUGGGUCUCUGGCAACAGUAACCUCAAGUUUUCUUUUUAUAAUAUGGUCUGAAAAUGCAUGUCUUCUCUGGGUUAAAGGGAAAAAUUAGGAAUUUAAAGUCACUUUCACUGUACUGUAGUCUGUUUGCCCUAACCGGUCAGGAGGACUAUGCAAGUGCAAUGUGGCUAAGGUAAAGUGCAACAACAUGACUUUGGGUCAUUAUAUAUUUCAAUUACACAUUACGCUAGCCAUCACCGCACAGUGGUGCAGAUUACAACAUGGAGGUUAGGACCAAAACCACAUUGCUGUCUCACUGUUUAAUUCUUUGCUAUUUAAGAUUUAAAUUACAUUAUUUCUAUAGCCAUAGCCACACCCUCCUGGCUGUCAAUCACACAGGCUCCUUGUCCACUUGCUAAAAGACAAUUUACAUAUAUUAUUGGCAUGCUGGGUGAACAGAAGUGGAGUUUUCACUUUAGGAUUGGGAUUCCUAAUAGCUCUGUUUGCCAGUUAAAUGACAACGGUCAUCACAUUUUCACUUCUACUUUUUCUUUUUAAAAGCUCAUUAAAAAAAAUCUUGCAUUUCAUUAAAUGUAAAUUAUGUAUAUUGGAUUACCUUUUUAUCUGACUGCGCAGCCAUUUUUGGUCAGACUAAGGUUGUCUGACCUUCUGCUGCAAGUGAUCUAUGUUAGCGAGUUUGGCAAAUAGAAAAUGGCAUUUUAUUUGCCUAAGAAAAAUAUAUGUACAUAAUUAUUAAAAAAAAAACAGUAGUUUCAUUUAAUGAACUUUUAAAUUUUUUUAGAAAAGAAUAUUUGACAGUUGUCCUUUUUAAUUCCAGCAUAAAGCAUUGCCCUGUGCCAGCAGCCUCUUGUGUAAGACAAGACAAGUAUCUCACAAGAUGACUGAACAUGGCAUCAAUGCCUGCAAAGAUUAUCUCAGGGAGAAAGGAAAAAAAAAAAAUUCUAAAUAUUUUUUUUUGUAUGUUUAUGGUUGUAUUUGUGGAAUAUUCACUAAACAUUUUGGAGUAAGUGUUCAUUAUAUUAUAUUAUAUAAU